AGAUAAGUAGAUUGGAAUCAUGUGGUGGAAAAUAUCAUAUUUAUGGUGGAGACUAUUUGUUUUUUGUAAUGUAAGGAAGUAACUUCUUUUUCAGUAGGGUACUAGUGACUUUAAAAAGUAGCCACAUUUUUAAGUAGGGUAGUGACUUUAAAAAGUAACCGAAAACUAAAAGCACAAAAUGGGUAAUCACUAAUCAGUGUGUUUAUCAAAAAUCAUUAUGGUGCCCAUUAUCAUAAUACUAGUAUUUUUACAAUUUAAUGUCUCCAAUUCGCGUUUUCUAGACUACUCAAAAUUGAAUUGCUCUGACGACUCGUCACGAUCUUACACUCUUCAAGGGUUGUUUGACACCAAUCGCAACCAGCUACUUUCUAAGUUGGCCUCCGAAAUAUCUACCGUUAAUGAUGGUUUUGUUACAAAAAAGCAAGGCUUAGAAAAUGAAGAACCUGCUUAUGGCCUUGCCUUGUGCCGAGGUGACCUUGAUCGCGAUGAUUGUAAAGAAUGUGUCAACAAGGCAGGCGAAGUGUUAAAAAGGGUGUGUCAAACUUGGGAAGGAAUAAUUUGGAUGGAAAAUUGCACGCUUCGUUUUUCAAACUAUUCUUUUUUCAAUCUCCUACAACUACAACCCAACUCAGUGCUAGAAAACACCAAUUUUAUCACGAAUCAUGUCAAAGAUUGGACUAAGUUGCUCAACGAUUCGUUGAGAAAUGUAACGUCCAAGGCAGCUUCGGUCAAGUCCGGUAACAAGUUUGCCACUACUAAGGCAUGGUUUUCACCGUUGAAACAGAACUUGUACGCUUUGGCUCAAUGUACUCCAAACUUGACAAGGGAAGAUUGUACCAAGUGCUUUGGUGUAGCUAAAACCCUUUUUAAUAGCCUUUUGCGUCGAGGGGGGAUUGUGCUAACGCCUAGUUGUAAUCUAAGGUAUGAAUUAUAUGAGUUUUUUAACUUAACAAAAUUGAAGCCAUCAUCAAGCUCACCAAUAUCAAGCAUAGCACCUUCUACUACAGAAAUUGCAAGAAUUAUUCCAGGAAAUAAGAAGGCAACUGCAAAGAAAGUAGCUGUUGCGACCAUUGUGUCGUUAGUGGUUAUGGGAUUAUUAAUAACAGGCAUUUGUGUCUUUCGAAAGAAAGCAAAGAAGUACCCUUCUCCGGACGCUAAAAAUGUGCUUGAUGAUUUGAUAACUGCGGAGUCUUUGAUGUUCGAUUUGAGAACACUCGAAGCUGCCACGAACAACUUUUCUAAUGACAACAAGCUUGGUCAAGGCGGGUUUGGCACUGUUUAUAAGGGAACUUUGGCAAAUGGACAAGAGAUAGCAGUUAAAAGACUAUCAAAGGUAUCUAGCCAAGGAGCAGAAGAAUUCAAGAAUGAGGUUGUACUAAUAGCCAAUCUUCAACAUAGAAAUUUGGUUAAGUUAUUGGGAUUUUGCUUAGCAGGAGAAGAGAAGUCACUCGUGUUUGAAUUUGUUCCCAACAAAAGCCUCGACUACUUUCUAUUUGAUGCACGGAAGCAAGGAGAGUUGAAAUGGAGUGCGCGUUACGAAAUUAUUAAAGGCAUUGCUAGGGGAUUACUUUACCUUCAUCAAGACUCUCAACUAAGGAUCAUCCAUCGCGAUCUUAAAUCUGGAAAUAUUUUACUUGAUGCAAACAUGAACCCAAAGAUUGCUGAUUUUGGUUUGGCAAGAAUCUCCGAGGUUGAACAAAGUGUGAAUGCCACUACAAGAAUUGUUGGAACAUACGGUUACAUGGCUCCAGAAUAUGCAAUGCAUGGACAAUUUUCUGUAAAAUCAGAUGUUUAUAGUUUUGGCGUGUUGGUUUUGGAGAUUGUUUGCGGAAAGAAGAUUAGCGCUGGAUUCCUGCCGCAUAGAGACCUCUUAACUUAUGCUUGGAGAUGUUUAACCGAGGAAAAACCCUUGGAAUUCAUGGACCCAACUUUGAAAGAUUCGUACUCGAGCGCUGAAGUAAUGAAAUCCAUUCAUUUAGGCUUGUGGUGUGCGCAAGAGAACAUAGAAGCGAGGCCAACCAUGUGCAAAGUUGUCGUCAUGCUCAAUACUGAUUCUGCCAUCGACACAAUGCCUACACCUCAAUGCCCUCGAUCAUUUUAUCAAAGUAGUAAUGAAUCAUCUCUUGUGUCGAGGUUAAGUCAGCCUUCAACGACGACAUCAAGCAGCGCUAAUGAGCCAACGUCAUUUUCUGAAAAUCAAGUCACAAUUAGUGAGUUACAUCCAAGGUAAUUGCGUAACUCUAUUGUUGAAGUAAAUUAUUCAAAAAGUUCAUUUCCAAGCUAGUUACACUUUUAACUUUUUAGAAUCCUAGAUGCAUAAAUAAUUUCCUUGUAAAUGUAUUUUAUGUAUCGGCCAUCCGCAUUUAGCAAAUAUAUUCUGGCAUGUAUUGUGUAUUGUCUAAUGUUCGUACAUUUUAGUUGUAGAUGAUAGAGUAUAAAACACAUUCCUGGGCCUCAACCAUCAGCUUAAUCUUUUGGUUGAGAUGGUCCUCUAACAUGGUAUCAGAGCCAGCGUGACACAAAGGUCACAGGUUCGAAUCUCAUCCACCCCUCCUUUAAAGUGGAAUUAAUUCGCACCAGGUAUGGGUGGACCUGUGUUGCAUCCACAUUUGGACCUCAACCAUCAGCUUAAGCUUUUGGUUGAGAUGGUCCUCUAACAAUAGACAAUAUUUGCUUGUAUCUUGUAAGCUUUGUUUUGUAAUGAACAAACAUUGUGUGUUCUCUGUUAA